AUGACAGCACCGCCUCCGGAACUAGUACAGCUUCCACCAGGAUCUAUGGUUGAAAGAUGGACCAUCACGAAAAAAUUGGGAGAAGGUGGCUGUGGAGCUGUCUACUUGUGCACUGAUGCUACUGGAAAAUAUGCCUUGAAAGUUGAAGGAAUAUCGGAGCAGAUGCAAGUUCUUAAAAUGGAAGUUCUGGUUCUCGGCGAGUUGACCAAAAGAGGAAGUCGUCAUUUCUGUAAGAUCGAAGACAAGGGAAGAUACGGAAGCUUCAACUAUGUCGUCAUGACACUUGUUGGAAAAUCUCUCCAGGACCUUCGCAAAGGAACACCACAACAAUCACUUAGCGUAGCAUGCUCAUUAAGUUGUGGUAUUCAAGCUUUGGAAGCUCUCGAGGAUCUUCAUAACAUUGGUUACUUGCACCGCGAUGUCAAGCCGGGUAACUACACGAUUGGUCGUGCUGAAUUAAACGAGCUUCGCAAAGUUUACAUUCUCGAUUUUGGAAUGGCUCGCAAGUUCACUGACAAUAAUGGUAUCAUUCGCAAGCCUAGAGCCGCUGCCGGAUUUCGUGGUACUGUGCGUUAUGCACCGAUUGCAUGCCAUAAAAAUCAAGAGCUUGGAAGAAAAGACGAUGUUGAAGUGUGGUUGUACAUGCAAGUGGAGUUGACUGUUGGACGUGUUCCUUGGAAAGAAAUCACUGAUAUGAAUGCUGUUGGACAGGCGAAACAGGCUAUUCGUAACACUCCUGAAAAAAUGUUCCUUCCUCCAUGCCCAGUUAAUGAGUUGAAGGAAAUCAUGAGAAUGGUUGAUAGCUGGGACUAUUUUGCAGAUCCCAACUAUUCGGAAUGUUACAGACUGAUGAAGCAAGCUCUCAGUAAUUGCAGAAAACCUGAAUUCCCUUACGACUGGGAACCAGGAAUGCCACUCAACUACAUGGUCAAAUAA